AGAUUACAAGAUCUCGUGAAAUUUGAGAUCUCAACACAUUUCAUUUGGGCCGGGUGGGGCAAUUAUUCGUGGAGAAUCAAUUGUUCGCUGGGAAGUGCAAAAAAUGGAAUUGGUGGAUGUCGCGAUUCGACCCCAAGGGAUUUGGCCGGUAAAAUUGGGAGGAUUUUAAGACUCUCUCUUCUUCUUCUCUUUGCACUCUCGUUUCGAAACCCUAGCAAAAAAAGUCCUCUGUUUUCACCAUUUUCGGAGAUAUCAGUCACCUUCCUUCGCUCGAUUCGCCGCAUCUACGUGAACAGUUUCUGGUAGAAUUAUUCCCUCUUUUAGCUGCAGAUUGGCAUCGGAUUCCGUUCUGGAUGCGUCGGUGAUCGAUUCUCCGCGUCGGUGAUGAUAGCUAACGGAUUCGAGAAUAUGGAUAAAGAACGAGUCAGAAAACGUCCUCGUAUGACCUGGGACGAGGCCCCAGCUGAACCAGAGGCUAAAAGGGCUGUGAUUAAAGGACAUGGAAGCGAUGGGAGGAUUUUGUCACCACCAUUGAGGGAAGAUGAUCGUGACGGUCAUUAUGUUUUCAGUUUGAGGGACAAUCUCACUCCUAGAUAUAAAAUACUAAGCAAGAUGGGUGAAGGCACAUUUGGUCGGGUUUUGGAAUGUUGGGAUCGUGAUACAAAAGAAUAUGUGGCAAUAAAGAUUAUUCGAAGCAUUAAGAAAUACCGGGAUGCAGCAAUGAUUGAAAUUGAUGUACUUCAAAAACUUGUUCAGAGUGAUAAAGGCCGCACACGCUGUGUACAGAUGAAGGACUGGUUUGAUUACCGAAAUCAUAUUUGCAUUGUGUUCGAGAAGCUUGGGCCAAGUUUGUUUGACUUUCUAAAGAGAAAUAAAUACUCCGCAUUUCCUCUGGCCCUUGUUCGGGAUUUUGGAUGCCAGCUUUUGGAAUCUGUAGCAUAUAUGCACGAGUUACAGUUAGUUCACACCGACCUCAAACCUGAGAACAUUCUUUUGGUGUCUUCUGAAAAUGUAAAGCUUCCUUACAAUAAGAGGAGUGCUGCAAAUGAGACACAUUUCAGGUGCUUACCAAAGUCGAGCGCUAUUAAACUGAUUGAUUUUGGCAGUACUGUUUGUGAUAACAGGAUUCAUCACUCUGUUGUCCAAACAAGGCAUUACAGAUCCCCUGAGGUCAUUUUAGGUCUAGGAUGGAGUUACCAGUGUGACUUAUGGAGUAUAGGUUGUAUACUAUUUGAACUAUGCACGGGUGAGGCUCUCUUUCAGACGCAUGAUAACCUAGAACAUCUAGCUAUGAUGGAGAGGGCAUUGGGACCUUUGCCUGAACAUAUGACUCGAAACGCCAGCCGGGGUGCUGAGAAAUAUUUCAGAAGAGGGUGUAGGCUAAAUUGGCCAGAAGGGGCCAACUCUAGAGAGAGUAUUAGGGCUGUAAAAAGACUUGAUCGCCUCAAGGAUAUGGUAUCGAAACAUGUUGACAGCACAAGAUCUAGAUUUUCAGAUCUAUUGUGUGGCUUACUGACAUAUGAUCCAUCUGAGCGUCUCACGGCAAACGAAGCUCUUGACCAUCCUUUCUUUAAGAGCUCAAGUUGAGAAGAAGCAAAAUCAGAUGUAGAAUUUUACUUGGUAACAAGUUUUUUUUGUUAGAUUCUAAAGCUCUCUUUUUCAGUAGCACCAAACAGUAGUAUUCCAAUUUCAGUUACGAGUUUGGCUACAUUUAUUCUGGAAAAUAACUCUGUUGUACAUUGUGUUGUUGAGAAGAAAAAACUUAGGGGGGUGUAUUGGAACUAGGAUUUUAGAAAA